GAAAAAAGUCUCUCUUCAAAUCUGCUUCUCUAUAAACGAACUAACUCAGUUCACGUAACCACCACCCAAAGCAACCAAAAAAGGAAUCAAAAAACUUGCUUUUAAUUCUAAUUUUUAUUUAAUUUUAUUAACUUUUUUUUUAACCUAAAGAAAAAUUUCUCUCCGUUUCGUUGCGUUUGCGUUCGACGAAACUCUGCUGGUGGUGUUGAUAUCGUUAUCGAAUCAAUGGUGAUAGAGGAAACAAACGAGAGCUGCGGCAGCCGGGCGAGUGACACGUCAUCUUCGUCGUCUCCGCCGGCGCAGAGCAGGCAACAGAGACAGAAACUCGAGGUCUACAAUGAGGUACUUCGUCGCCUUAAACAAUCGAACAACGAAGAAGCGAAUCAGCCUUGCUUCGACGACGAACUCUGGACUCACUUCAAUCGUCUCCCUACUCGAUAUGCAUUGGAUGUGAAUGUGGAGAGAGCUGAAGAUGUUCUGAUGCACAAGAGAUUACUACAUUUGGCUCAUGAUCCGGAUAACCGACCCGCAAUUGAGGUCCGACUUGUGCAGGUUCCUCCAACGCAUGAUCGAAAUGCAGCUGAUUCUGUUGUUCCAGCCUCUCCGAGGGAAGUAGCUGCCCAGGGUUCACCAAGACAAAGCAUACAUCCACCACCUGCUUUCGGUUCAUCACCUAAUCUUGAAGCACUGGCAAUUGAAGCAAAUAAAUCUGAAGAUAUGGAUGGGGAUAAUUCUGUACAUGCCAAUGCACAAUAUUCUCGGCCCAUGCAUGAAAUUACUUUUUCAUCAGAUGAUAAGCCAAAACUUCUGAGUCAGUUGACUUCCUUACUCGCUGAUAUUGGGCUAAACAUUCAAGAAGCACAUGCCUUUUCCACGGUUGAUGGUUUCUCCUUAGAUGUCUUCGUAGUUGAUGGUUGGCCAUAUGAGGAGACAGGGCAGCUUAGAGUUGCAUUGGAAAAGGAAGUUUUUAAGAUGGAGAAGCAGGGUUGGUCCAGUCAUCGGUCAUCAUCUCCCACAAGUGAGCCUGAGGAAAUACCGAUGAAAUGUGAUCCUGAACAUGUGGAAAUACCUAAUGAUGGGACUGAUGUUUGGGAAAUCAAUCCUAGACAUCUGAAGUUUGGGAACAAAGUUGCAUCUGGGUCGUAUGGUGAUUUGUACAAAGGUACAUACUGUAGUCAGGAAGUGGCCAUUAAAGUCCUUAAACCUGAGCGUAUAAAUUCAGAUCUGCAGAAAGAAUUUGCUCAGGAAGUGUAUAUCAUGAGGAAGGUGCGGCAUAAGAAUGUUGUACAAUUCAUAGGUGCAUGUACCAAGCCCCCAAGCUUGUGCAUCGUAACAGAAUUUAUGUCUGGUGGGAGUGUGUAUGAUUACCUGCACAAGCAGAAGGGUGUUUUCAAGCUUCCAUCCUUAAUUAAAGUAGCAAUAGAUGUUUCCAAAGGAAUGAACUACUUGCACCAAAACAAUAUAAUACACAGGGAUUUGAAGGCUGCCAAUCUUUUGAUGGAUGAAAAUGAAGUGGUUAAGGUAGCAGAUUUUGGUGUUGCUAGAGUGAAAGCUCAAUCUGGUGUUAUGACUGCUGAAACUGGGACGUAUAGGUGGAUGGCUCCUGAGGUUAUUGAGCACAAGCCAUAUGAUCACAAGGCUGACGUUUUUAGUUUUGGAAUUGUAUUGUGGGAAUUGCUGACUGGAAAGCUUCCAUAUGAAUACUUGACUCCGUUACAGGCAGCUGUUGGGGUGGUCCAAAAGGGUCUACGGCCUACAAUCCCAAAGAACGCUCAUCCAAAGCUAGCUGAGCUACUUGAAAAAUGCUGGCAGCAAGAUCCAGCUCUAAGACCUGACUUUUCUGAAAUUAUUGAGGUUCUGCAGCAAAUUGCUAAGGAGGUUGGAGAAGAAGGGGAGCAGGAGCGUCGGAAAGAGAAAUCAUCUGGGGGAUUCCUGUCGGUCCUUCGAAGAGGCCACCAUCACUGAGAAUUUGACUGGAGAUAUACUGAUUAUGUUAAUGAGCUGGAUAUAAGUUUAAUUGUGUAGUCCUUUUUAUCAACUUCUUUGUCAGCACCACUGUACAGUAUGUUUUUUUUUCCCCGGAUGAUAGAGGUUUUUUGUCGUUCGAUUUUUUUGUUUGGGUUGUGUCUUCAUUUAUUAACCCACCAUUUUCUUACAUUAACGCAUGAUGGAAGUAAAGUUGUAGUGAGGGACACUGACAUGGAUGAGCUUGAGCUAUAUGUAACUUAACAUAUCUCACAUGAGGCCUUCAAGUUAUUUAUAGUGGAUAGAGGUUCUUACUAUUUAUUACAAAUUCCAUUUCUUUAAUU